AUGAGUCUUCCAGUCGAACUUCCAGGAGCUUCUGAUUCGAAUAACCGGCACCUUUCCAUGCUUUUGCCAAAAUCGUCGAUACAGCAAAAGCGGUCAACUUGGAGCGUUAAUAAUAGCUCACCCAGGCGCUCCGUUGAACACAAACUGAAACCUCCUGUGGAUCAGAACCUGAAAAACUUAAAAUCGCAUUCCACCUCUUCAAACGCCUCCAGAUCUGAUUGCAAUAGUUCGGAAAUCGACAAUCAAGACAGACUGGACAGUGCACCUAAAUCACUCAAUGAGCAGCCCUCUUUGGACUGUGUAGAUUCCAAUCAAGACAGGGCUUAUUCUCCUCUAUCCUCCGACCAAGCUCACAAAGCACCCACAGUUCUUGAACCUCAAACAGUCUGGAUGGGUGACGGCUCUCAGAGGAAGAUCUUGGUGGCUGGUGGUUGUCUGCAUGUUGCCAAGAAGAUCCCCUUCCCCAGUUUUGAAGACGAUGUAGAGUUUACUCAGAAUCUAAAUCUUGAACCACGGCCCCUUUCAACUGAACCUUUAUCUUCCAAGGUUGUCAGUCAGCCCUCCGCACAAUCCACACAAACUAAUCAAAUCAGCACAUUUCUCCGCACUAGACAAUUUGAAGAUGAGCUAGAGGAAGACGAAGGUGAGGAAGUCAGUCCUCGCAACGGCUCUACCCGGAUGACUAGCUUGGGCCAGAAUCAAGAACGUGGUAUGUUAUCACCCGUGGGAAUGGCCAGCUUACAAGAUUCCCCAACUCUCGGGCGCGGCCAUCGGUCUUGGCAAAGGCCAAUGUUACAUGGUUGCUCCAAGUCAUCCAGAUCUUCAAGCGCCGGGCGACCGCAUUCAACGCCUGGCUUACUGCUCGUCGCAGCCUCAGACGUUGGCGAGAAAGAUGAGACAUGCUCGAGCUAUUCUGGCGCAUCCAGCUCUCAUGAAAUUCAGCAGAUGUACUUGGGCGUCCAGCGUUGUGAAGGGUUGGGUAACAAGAUGUUCGGCUCCUCAAUCAGCAUUCCUCAGCACCUCCAGGAUUCCCCCGUCGGUCGUCGCGCCACUUCAGCAAUCAUCUCUAGUAGCACCGCUCGUUUGUUUCCAAUUAGUCCCACUGGAAGCUGUCCUAGCCCAAGUACUUCGCAUCUUCCAUCAUCUCCGUCGCCGCAAACUACUACUCCUGCGCAUGGGAUCCCUGAUGGACUUCAACCCUCGUCUCCCCCUGCCAUGACAUCGACUAGGUCUUCGAUGUUCAAGUGCGAGAGACUUGAUCAGUUCAAGGAAGACAACUUGACCGAAAUGACAGAUCCCCUGGAUCAUGGCAACGAAACUCCCCAGAACCAGGAUCCCAAACAUGACCAGCGGCGACUAUCAAGCGCUCCCACUAAAAAUCUGAAUACCCCGACUAUUGAUCUUGAAGACUUGGUUGUGGACGAAAUGACCGCAAAGGCCUUGCGCCACGAAAUCGCUCGGUUGGAACGCGUGAGAAUUAAGUGGAUGAAACUCUGCUUAGAGGUCGAGGAUGUCUUGCGGAAAAGUCGCGAAAGAUGGCCUGAUCAAGAUAGAUCUAUCAAGGUCCUAAAAGAUUUUGUUAGUCCGACUACCAGAUCAUCAAUCGACACAUUCUUGGAAAAGUCGCGGCGCCUUUACAAGCAAACAUCGGGAAAGGCGUUCACGGCAAGCCAAGCCGACCACUUUGGUUCCGCAAAUAAAGUCCACGACUUGACUCCACCCCCUAAGCACCCAUUCGGUCGACAAUCGAUCGUCUCUGUGUCCGCCGGCAACCUUCCGCCAAGGACACGUGGUCGAGAUAGCGUCAACAGCCGGGAGUCGUUCAUGACUCCCUCAAAGCCCAAAGGUGCCAACAGGUCGCAGGCCCAGAAGGGCUUCCCUAUCCUCAUCACACUUCCGGUUCCCUCCGCCUUUGUCUCGCCUGAACGUUUCCGCGGAUGUGUAAAGGUACCACGAUCCGAACAAGGUCCACGAGUCUUGAAGAUCAGCAACAGGUCCUGCCGCUCUGGCCCACGUCAACCCACCCUCUCUAACCGUCUUGGAAGUCCAAGCAUCAAACUGAUGAACGCUCGAGACCAACGAGGACGGAUGAUGAGCGGAACCAGUAGCGGCAACGUCAGUAUCAGCUCUAAUGGGAAAAUCAUUCUGGGCGAGCGAUCAGUCAACCAAUUACCGGACCGAUCAGCCCAGGCUGCUGGCGAGAAGAAGUCCGCGAGUUUCUCGCCGAAACCUUCGGGUAAUAACACGCCGAUGAGCGGAAGGACGGUUGGCAGUCUGGGUCGGGCCAGUCGGCCGUCGACGGGCAAAUGGGGGUCCGAAAACGAAGGGCCACUAUGGAUGAGUGCCAGCGUCCGGGAGACUCGGAAGCCGUGGCGACGGAGCGUCCUCAACCAAGAAAUCUUGCCCCGCGAGCCCCGGUUAAGCUUGGCGGACUCCGCCACUGGCUCCAUUGGCUCCGCACCAGAGGAGGUCGGCGUGCUCGUCGCCGCCGGCGAACAGCCCCACGAGUUCUCUUCUGGGUUCCAUGUCUCUGGUAGUCUUCGUCUUAAACAUCGUCGUAGACUCAAUCAGAUCAGGAACGAGUGA